GAAAGAAACGAAGAAGAAGAAAAAGAGAACACGUUACGUUACGUUGAGAAAACCAACCAUGGCUAGUGAUGGCAGUGAAGAGUUCAGGCUGGUGUCCCCUUCGAUCAGCCACGAGGGGAAGCUACCGCGGCAAUACUCGGACGAGGGUCAAGGGGCGAAGAAGAACAUAUCCCCACCGCUGGAGUGGUACAACCUCCCGCAGGGGACCAAGACCCUCGCCGUCGUGGUCGAGGACAUCGACGCCCCCGACCCGGAGGGCCCCAUCGUGCCCUGGACGCACUGGGUGGUGGUCAACAUCCCCGCCACGGUGAAGGGGCUGCCGGAGGGCUUCUCCGGGAAGGAGGAGGAGAUGGGUGGGGACUACAAGGGGAUCAAGGAAGGGAACAAUGACUGGAAGGUUCCCGGCUGGCGUGGCCCCAGGUUGCCCACGCAUGGUCAUAGGCUUCAGUUCAAGCUCUAUGCUUUGGAUGACGAGCUUCACCUUGGUAACAAGGUGACGAAGGAAAAGUUGUUGGAAGGAGGCAUGGACGGCCAUGUUCUAGGAGAAUCCAGCUUCAUUGCUAUAUUUUAAUAUGAUGCAUGGGUGCAUUGUCUUUGACUUAUAUAUAUACACGUGUACCAUUUUGAAAUCUCACGUCAAUGAGAAACAUUUUAUCAUUUGA